AUGCUCCAAAAACCACUUACUGGAUAUGUAGAAACUGUCAUUAGCACCAGUGGACUAUGGUCACCAGUACCGAAGGUGCCUAAGGGGCACACAUCACUUGGGCACCUUAAGACCAGGAAGACGCCUAGCAAAUUUGAAUUGUCACCUUCAGAACAAUAUACUAGCACCAGUGGACUAUGGUCACCAGUAGCUAAGGGGCAGACCCUUCAGACCCUUCAGACCAGAAAGUCUUCCCCUACUUUAAAGACGCCGACCAGGAAGAGGCCUAGCAUUCAAUUAGAAUUGUCACCUUCAGAACAAUAUACUAGCACCAGUGGACUAUGGUCACCAGUAGCUAAGGGGCAGACCCUUCAGUCCAGAAAGUCUUCCCCUACUUUAAAGACGCCGACCACGAAGAGGCCAAGCAUUCAAUUAGAAUUGUCACCUUCAGAACAAUAUACUGUAAGUAUUGCAAUUAACUUUGAGACAAAAAUAGAAAUAAUUUGUUUUCCUGCCUUCAAGACUGAAAUGUCAAGAUCUUCAAAUCAUAGUGUAAGAAAUACAAUUAAUUUUAUUAAACUGUUAUUCAUUUGA